AUGUCAAAUUUAUCAAUUAAUGAAUCAAAUGAUAAUUCAAAUGUAUCCAUUUUACUGAAUAAAAGUGGUGCUCAAAGUAGUACUAAUAGUAGUCCUAAUCUUAUUGUUUUUAAACAACCUGAAGAUUUAUCAAUUCAAUUACAACAACAACAACAAGGAACUCAAGAAGAUACACCAGAAGAAGAAGAAGAAGAAGAAGAAGAGAUGGAACAAAUAACGCAAUUGGAAGUUCAACAAGAAAACCAACCAGACACUUUAUCUUCUAGUCCAUUUAUUUCACGUCCGAAUUCACCCCUUGAUGAUAUAAUUAGACCCCAAGGCACAUCUUCACCAUCAUUGACUAUUAGAGAUUCUUAUUCUUCUCAAGUAGAUAUCAAUAUAUCUAAUUUACACAAGAGUUUGAAUGAGAUGAGAUUAUCAACUGAUCCAGUUGACAACAACAACAAUAACAACAAAGUCAACAAAAACAACCCUACCAAUAGUGAUAUAUCUAAUGAUGAUAUCAUAACCAUCGAUAAUUUGACUCCAAGUAGAAUACAACCAAAAAACAUAUCGCCAUGGAGACAAUUCCGCCCUACGUUACGUGGUAGUCCAGAAUCAACGCCACGGCUGUUGUUUCAAAAUAAACCCAAUUUGAAAUUUAAUAAUGGUCUUAGUCCUACUAAUGGUAGUAGAGAUAUGGUUACAAAUAAUAUUGCUACAACAACCAAAUCAAGAGAAGAAGAAUUGAAUAAACGAAUAGUUAAUUAUAAAAUCCAAUUAAAAUUGAUGAAGAAUUUUUUACAAGAAUUGAUUGAUAGAAAUAAUCUUGAUCCUCAUGAAUUUCACACAUUAUUAAGAAGAAACAAUAACAACAUCAUGAAUAACGAAAACAACCCAUUAUCAACCUCAUUGUCGCAAACUUCAACUUUAGAAAUUCAACAUCAAAAUUUACAAAUUGAACUAGAUGAAGCACUUGAAUUAAAUAAACAAUUGUACAACAAAAUAGAAACUGCAAAUAAGGAAAUCAGUGAUAAGGAUUUGCAAAUUUCUAAUUAUGAAUCAAGAAUCAAUUUAAUUAAUUAUUCUGUUGAUGAAUUAAUUUAUAUUUUGAUCAAUGAAUAUGAUAAAAAUAAUUAUUCCCACGGCGGCAGCAACACCACUAGCCCGGGUAAAGAAACUUUACAACAAUCCAUAUCGGCACAAUUAGAAGUUAAAUUGAAUGUUUUGAAAUUAGAAUUGAUGACUAGAUUGGAUCAACUGCAUCAAUAUAAUAAUAAACCACAUGAUUUAUUUACUCCACCAUACACAUCAUCUGAAUAUGGUGUUAGCACCAACAAUGUCGCUAAUAAGAAUGAUUUGGAAGGAUAUAUUCAUAUUAUCGAAGAUUUGAUUAAAACGGUUGAUGAAUUGGAAUUAACUUGUGAAAAUUACAAGGCAAAUAAGAAUGAAUUACAAAAUCAAUUAGUUGAACAAAUAAAUGAAUCGAUUCGAAUUAAAAAUAAUUUCCAAAUUAUGUCCAAUAAAUUUAAUCAAUUACGUCAAUCAUUGAGUGAGAAAGAAAAUGACAAGAAUCUAGAUGAAUUUAGUAAAAACAAUCACCAGCAACAACAACAACAACAAAUACAACAACUUGAGCAAAAAUUGAUUGAGUAUGAAAAAUGUAUUACAAUAUUACAAGAUGAAUUAGAUCAAUACAAGCAACCUUCCGAUACCACCAAUACUACGAACAACAACAACAAUAACAAUAACAAUAAUAACAGAUCGUCAUAUUCAUCGUACAAUAAUCAUCGCAAUAGUUCAUUGAAUGAAUUGAAUUUAGUGAAUGAUUAUUUACAAUUACAAACAUCGUAUAGUAGAAUCAAUGAUGAAUUGAAUCAGGUAAACAAUGAUUAUAAGCUUUUGAAUAGUUCAACACUGGAGAAAAUCAACAAUUUAACAUCAAAAUUACAAGAAAAAUCAAUUGAAUUAAGAAAUCAAAUGGGGUUGAAUAAUAAAUUACAAACAGAAUUGAAUUUAUCAUUAGAUAAACAACGGAAAUAUAAUACUGAAAGGAUACAAAUGUCGUACACUGUUGAUUCAUUGCGGAAAGACAAUGAGGCAUUACAAUUGAAAGUUAAUAAAUUGACUGAUCUAAUGACAAUUGAUAGAACUAGAGCAGAGAGUAAUUCCCAAUCUACAGCCACAUCAACAUCAACACCAACUCCACAAACGGCUCCAACUCCAGCCCCAUCAGCACUAGCAACCGUAGCACGAACUGCCUCAACGACAUCAUCUUCAACAACAACGGUAAAUACUAAUACCAAGACAACAAACGAAAACAACAAUAGCAGUGCUAAUAUUGAAUUGGGAGUGAAGAAAAUCUCUAUUUUAGAAUAUCAAUACAAAGAUUUAUUAUUAUAUGAUACUAAUCAAUUCAAAAGAUUAAUUGAAAGUUAUAAUAAAAUAGCUGAUGAUAAAUCUUUAUAUGAUCCGAAAAUGAAAUAUGAAAAAUUAUUAAAUCAUAUAACUGAUAUUAAUAAUAGUAAUGGGAUGGGGAAAAAUAUUGAUAUUAUUGAAAAUAUUACUUAUAUUAGAGAUAAACAUAAAUCAAUAUUUGAAUAUUUUAUAAGAGCCACCGAUAUAUUAAUCAAUGAUCAUAUCAAAUUGUUAUUAAAAGAAAAUGAUGAUUCAAUUAAAGUUAAAUAUACUAAAUUAAAUGAUAAAUUGAAUAAAUUGAUUAAAGAAAAUGAAUCAUUGAAAUCGGAAUUAGAAUUUAUGAAUCAACAACAACAACAACAAAAUCAAAAUCAAAAUACUAAUGUUGAUGGAGAUGAUUACGGUAAUACUAGUACUAAUAACGAUCCAUUAUCUAAAUUAAGAAUGAAUGAUUUAAGAAAUAAAUGGAAAGCAGAAAGAGAACGAAGAAUUUUAGAAGAUCAAGAAGCCAAAAAAAGAUUUAAAGAACUAGAAUUGGAAAUUCAACGAUUGAAUGAAGUUAUUGGUAAUAAUAAUAAUAAUAAUAAUAAUAAUAAUAAACAAACUACAAAUGAUAACAACUAA